UUUUUUUUAAUUUUUUUAAUAGUAUUUUAUUUGAUCAUUUCCAUGCAUUUUUCAUUAAAGACAAAGAUCAUUUUCUUUUCCUCCCUCCCACCCCCCGUGGCCGACGUGUGAUUCCACUGGUAUCAUAUGUGUUCUUGACUUGAACCCAUUGCCAUGUUGUUAGUAUUUGCAUCAGAGUGUUCGCUCCGAGUCUUUCCUCUGUCAUGUCCCCUCAGCCAUUGUAGUCAGGCAGUUGCUUUUCCUCGGUGUUUCUACUCCCUCAGUUUGUCCUCUGCUUUUGGAUAGUGUUUUUUUCUCCUUGAUCCCUGCAGAUUGUGCAGGGACAUUACACCACCACUAAUGGAGAAGUCCAUUACGUUCGAUGAUACCACAGUGUUCUCCCAAUAUUCUUAAGAAGAUGUCAAGGUAAGGAAUCCUGGCUUCUGGAAGUCCAGGCUAAGGAAUCAUAAACUCUUGGUAGUUCUGCCAAACUAGAAAGGCCUCAAAUCCAAGUACAGGUGUUGGAUGAAGUAGUCUGUCAUCCCCAGUCCAUGUGAGAUUUGAGGUUUUAAACUGUAGUGAUUAAAAUAGUGGAAGAUAUAAAUUGUGAUAGACAUAAGAGAGGGUGAGUAAAUUUGACCGGAGAAAUAUGUUUCACUACAGUGUCUUGGGUUUUAAAAUCAAAUAUAAGGUGGUUGCCAGGGAAAUAUUCCCAAUUAUUCAAAUACCCAAGUCAAUUGGGUUUUAUAAAGAUUUUCAUUAACAAUACAAUUUGUAAUCAAAGAAAGAGAGAGAGAGUAAAAAAGGAAUAAGUAUGAAGGGUCUCAAAGCCAAUAUGGCCUAGACCUGAGUCUUAAAAGAGAAAUCAGUCAGUUUUUUAUAACUCACCAUAAGAUCUGUCUAAGUAAGUAUUUCUAAUGACACCAGGCCAGCAGCAUCUCAGCUGCUUUCUCAAAGAGUCUUCCAGACAGAGAUUGUUUCAAAGGGCCUCUCUCAAGAGCCUCCAGAGCUCCUACCCCAGAGGGACAGAGCCCCUCAGAGGAGCUCCUCAAGGAGCUCUCCUUCAGAAUGAGAAUCAGAAACCAGAUCCCCCACCUCUUGUUCUUCUCUGAGCUCUUAUUUUUAAGGACAAAAUCUCCUCUGUCACCUCCCCUAAGUCCUUACAUCUACCAAUCACUGUAGAUGUUUCUAAAGGACCACCCAUUCUUAGUCCACACCUAAGAAGGUGUGGAUUUUUGAGUAAUUAACACCAGGAAAGCUCUGAGUAAGUUUUCCAGUUCUUUGUUCCUUGUAAAUUCACAAGUUGCUUGACCUUUAUAGGUACUUAGCUUAAGAAAAGUAUGGGUUUAAGUACUGUUCAUUGUUCAGAAAAGAGUUUACAACUUUAUCUUCCCCUAGGGCAGACCCAAGUAGGUAUAGUAGAAUUCUCACAUUCCUGCUUUAAGUAGAGUUCACUGCCCAAAUGGGGAAUGGUCUUAAUCCAAUCUUAUAAAGUAGGGUCUGGAAAUUUUAAGGUUUACAUCCAGCUUGCCUCAGCCCAGCAAGACUGAGAACCCAGGGCUUGGGCUCCAUGUGAAUGUCUUUGUCAGCCACAGGAACUGAAGCUGAACUUUCCUAAGGCCUGGAGGAGUUGAGAUCUGCACCAGAGAAAGGGGUGUCUUUGUCUUUGCCUUUGAAAUCACAGGUUCUUGGUCUCUGGCCCUCAGCCUUGCCAAGGUCUUAGACAGGCCACUUCCAAACCACUUAUUUGGUUAUAAGAUAAGAAAAAGUACGAAUACAGUCAUUUUCUGUCUAUUCCCUGCACAGUGCCACUGUCCAAACCUACCAUCAUCACCUCCAACAAUACUGCAGUGGAGACCAAGGACUUCUCAAUGACAUGCAAUGCUACGGGUCAAAUUCAUGCUUACCGGUGGUUCAUAAAUGGACUUGCCCCAGUUGGUAGCAGGAUACAGCUGUCCCCGGAUAAGAGGAUACUCACUCUCCGCAGGCUCACAAGAAGGGAAAACAAAGGGCCCUAUGUGUGUGAAAUCGAGAACCCAUUGUUUCGGAAUAGGAGUGAUCCAUUCCCACUGAAUGUUACCUAUGGCCCAGAUAUCGCCACGAUUGUCAGUUCAGCUGGUGUGUACCCUACUGGGGUAAAUAUUACCUUGAGCUGUGUAGCUGAUUCUAACCCACCAGCACAAUUCACUUGGUUACAGAAUGGACAAUCUGUCAGCAACUCAGCCAUAUUUUCUGUUAUUUCAUCCCUGAAUCAUGCUGGAACCUAUACCUGUAUUGCAUCUAACUCAUUCACUGGCUUUACGCACACCGCAACCAAGAAUAUUAUAAUCUAUGCACCACUGUCCAAACCUACCAUCAUCACCUCCAACAAUACUGCAGUGGAGACCAAGGACUUCUCAAUGACAUGCAAUGCUAUGGGUCAAAUUCACGCUUACCGGUGGUUCAUAAAUGGACUUGCCCCAGGUGGUAACAGGAUACAGCUGUCGCCGGAUAAGAGGACACUCACUAUCCGCAGUCUCAGAAGAACGGAAAACAAAGGGCCCUAUGUGUGUGAAAUCGAGAACCCAUUGUUUCGGAAUAGGAGUGAUCCAUUCACACUGAAUGUUACCUGUGAGUAUAUUGCUUCUUCCUAUAUGGUGCCUUCUUAUAGCCUGGUGGUGUGUUCCUAGAGGCCCAGGCUAAUUCAGUCCCUUCUCUGAGAGCUAAAGAGGUAGGCUCUGAGGUUCCCAACCCCCUUCAUCUUUAGGGAGCCCAAAUUGGCCUUGCCAUGUGUUCUGGUUGAGGGUGGCCAUCCAGGGUGCUGAACUGGAGAAAGCCCUAAGAUCUUCCAAGUUCAGAUCCACACUGGAAAAGUAGAAGAUGAGUUGUGAAUUUCCCAGCUCAAAGGAGGAUCAGGGAGACACAGUGGUUCUUGGUGAUGGGUUAUAGACUAGGAGAUGCCCCCUUAUUUCUGCCAUAAUCUCAAUAUGGAAUCCUUUUCUUUCUUCCAGAUGGCCCAGAUAUCGCCACAAUUGUACAUUCAGCCAAUGAGUACCCUACUGGGGCAAAUAUUACCUUGAGCUGUGUUGCUGAUUCUAACCCAGCAGCACAAUUCACUUGGUUACAGAAUGGACAAAGGAUCAGCAACUCAGCCACAUUUUCUGUUAUUGCAUCCCUGAGUGAUGCUGGCACCUAUACCUGUACUGCAUCUAACUUAUUCACUGGUUUGACUCGUACUGCAACCAAGAAUAUUACAAUCUAUGCGCCACUGUCCAAACCUACCAUUGUUACCUCCAACAAUACUGCAGUGGAGACCAAGGACUUCUCAAUGACUUGCAAUGCUACAGGUCAAAUUCACGCUUACCAGUGGUUCAUAAACGGAGUUGCCCCAGAUGGUCGCAGGAUACAGCUGUCGCCAGAUAGGAGGACACUCACUCUCAGCAGUCUCACAAGAUUCGAUAACAAAGGGCCCUUUGUGUGUGAAAUCGAGAACCCAUUGUUUCGGAAUAGGAGUGAUCCAUUCCCACUGAAUGUUACCUAUGGCCCAGAUAUCGCCACGAUUGUCCGUUCAGCUGGUGUGUACCCUACUGGGGUAAAUAUUACCUUGAGCUGUGUAGCUGAUUCUAACCCACCAGCACAAUUCACUUGGUUACAGAAUGGACAAUCUGUCAGCAACUCAGCCAUAUUUUCUGUUAUUUCAUCCCUGAAUCAUGCUGGAACCUAUACCUGUAUUGCAUCUAACUCAUUCACUGGCAUGACGCGCACCGCAACCAAGAAUAUUAUAAUCUAUGCACCACUGUCCAAACCUACCAUCAUCACCUCCAACAAUACUGCAGUGGAGACCAAGGACUUCUCAAUGACAUGCAAUGCUACGGGUCAAAUUCACGCUUACCGGUGGUUCAUAAAUGGACUUGCCCUAGGUGGUAACAGGAUACAGCUGUCGCCGGAUAAGAGGACACUCACUAUCCUCAGUCUCAGAAGAACGGAAAACAAAGGGCCCUAUGUGUGUGAAAUCGAGAACCCAUUGUUUAGGAAAAGGAGUAAUCCAUUCACACUGAAUGUUACCUAUGGACCAGAUAACGCCACAAUUGUACAUUCAGCCAAUGAGUACCCUACUGGGGCAAAUAUUACCUUGAGCUGUGUUGCUGAUUCUAACCCAGCAGCACAAUUCACUUGGUUACACAAUGGACAACCUGUCAGCAACUCAGCCACAUUUUCUGUUAUUGCAUCCCUGAAUCAUGCUGGCACUUAUACCUGUACUGCAUCUAACUCAUUCACUGGUUUGACGCGUACUGCAACCAAGAAUAUUAUAAUCUAUGGUGAGUAUCUGGAUUGGGCCCCCAACUUUGUGUGGGGCUCUCUCUUUCCCUGGCAUGACAGAAAUAGACAAAAGUGACACUCUCCCCCCCCCCUGGUCCCAUGGCACAGUGCAUUGUGGUAGAAAGAGCCCUGAGCUCAGAAUCAUAAAACUUGGAUAGAAUCCUUUCUUUUCUGUCUACUCUCUGUGUAGUAAAUGACUCCUCCUUUUGAGGCCUCAGUUUCUUUAUCUGGAAAAAUGAAUUACAUUUUCUCUGUAUAUAAUAGCAUUCUAUGAGUAAAGGUCCUUUUUAUAUGGUAGGUAUAAAAAGCAUGUGAGUUGUCUUCAUCAUCCUUGUUAUUGUUAUUGUAUUAUUCUCUUCUGUCCUAGUGAUAUACAACCUUCUUCAUCUCCCAAAUUCUAGGACCGCAGGUUCAAUGACUGCCCAAUACUCUUUCCUUCAAUCCCUUUCCCUUGGUGCUGUGGAACCACGGAUUAUUUCUAGUCUUGGUUGGAGUAUAAGCUAUGGUCAUGCAAUGGGGCUGGCCUUGAUUCCCCUUGGUAGGGAAAUUCUGGAGAUGGAAAGGAAGAUAUAAACUUUGUCUCCUUUCACACAAAGAGAUUCACCAUUGGACAUAUAUUUUCCUCUUUGUGGCAUUAAAUGCCACAUGGAAGCAUGUCUCUUGUGAAGCCUGGUUCUGAUCUAUUGGCUUUAGCAUUCAGUAGCUGGAUCCACUGUAGAAUUCCUGCUGCCCAAUUAAUUCACUGGUCUGACUUUCCUAUGUACAGAUGACAGACCCUCCAUUCCCAUAAUCACAUUAAUGUACAGCAGGACCAUAGAGAGAUCAUCUCUGGCCUUAGUUUCCUUUUAUUUCAUGUAGUUUUAUUGUUACAAACCUUAGGGGUAUCCCAACUUCCUGUCCCUGCCUCUAGGAAUGUUCUGAAUGGAGAGCAGGGGGGAGAGAUAGAAUUGUGAAGUGGGGAAGUGACCUUGGGGAAGUCAGACACCAACAGGAUAUACUUCAGAGGUGGAAUGAAUUUUUAUUGGCCUCAAUCUGUACAUGAGGAUGAUGAAAGCACACAUUUUAAAUGAUCAUAUAAUUAUCUGUUUGUCAUUUUCUUUUGUUAACUAUUUUCCAAUUACCUUUUCCCCUGGUUCAUGCAGCACCUGAGAAUGUUGCAGGUUAUGUAUUUGACACCUGUGGUUGAAAAGAGCUUUUUCUAUAUUUAUUUUUUUUCCAAUUAACUAAAAUCUAUUUUCUGUCCCCCUUCUAACUUCUACCAGUAAUGAAAUCUAAAAUCUUUGGGACAGGUAUGAGUUGUGCCUGCCUGUAGCCACAAAUUAAUAUAUUCCUAGGUGGACACCUGAGAAGGAGAGUUAGAAACUGAGAGAAAAUGCGUGAAGGGGAUAUAGAGAAAGAGGAAAUAGAACAAAGGAAGAGAGACUCAGAGACAAGGUUUCAAGAGCUUGGGAUCCAGCCUGUGUGCUCCUCUGAUGGUGGUAGAGAGAAAGAGAGAGUGAACUAUAUAUGUCCUCAAUCUUUUAUUGGAGGAUCAAGGAAUGGGGAAUGGAGGUAGCUAAUGAUCAUUUUACAAGGCACAAGACUUAACAUUGGUUCAACUGACUACCACAAGAUCAAAUAGGAGGGGUUUAUUCAAACAUGUGACCUGGUAUGGAAUCUGGUCAGACAAGGUGUGAACUAGGACCCAAUGGCAGCUUACCCGGGAAUUCUUCUUAUUUUUGGACUGUAGAUUUGGAGAGUAGUCAGAAUUAAUACAGUACCUAUUAAAUGCAAUGAUCAAGACUAAUAAGCCUAUGAAUCCGGUACAUGAGCACAUAAGUUGCAAUAUUUAUAUAUUAAUAAUUGUUUCAAGAUUAAAAUACAUGUAUGAUGCUGCAUGGACAAUCAAGGAAAACUAAUUUCAGAGCUCAAAAAAUAUGUGUUGCAACUUACACCCUCAGUCCAUCCCAUUUCUGAAGAGAGGCAGCUGAUUUCAUAGGAAGUCUAUAGCUUUUUGUUGAAAGUGAGUAACUUAUUUCAUCAUGGGUCUUCUGCAGUCCUGGUUGGUCAGUGCAGUGAUGAGAGGUCCCAUGGGUUUCCAAGUUGUUUGCCUUCAGAACAAUGUUGGUAUUGUAUAUAUUAACUCUUGGUUCUACUCACUUCAUUCUGUAUCUGUUCAGAUAAAUCUUCUGAAGUUUCUUUUCUUGAACUCAUUCUGUUCAAUGUUUCUAUGAGUGACUUGGAUCAAAUGAAAUAAUAUCUGUAAAGAGUUUUGUAAAUCAUGACCAUUAAUGUUCUACUAAUUCUACAGACAAGCAGAAGGCAUAAUUUUGAAACUGGAAAGAAAAAAAGAAAUAAUGAGAAAAAUGGCAGGAUAGGGAUUGUUGAAACAGGUAGGAUGCAGAAGUAGUUUAGGAUGCUGGCACAGUAGACAUAAUGUGAUAAGAUGAAUGUAAUUGGGGAUUGAUAUCAGGUCCUAUCCUUGAGUAGAAAAAGUCCAAAACACAAAAAAGCAUUGGCCUCGAUGGGACAGUGACUGGUACCUAUGCCAUAGAAAAGAGUUGAAGUAAUGGGGUAUGGUUGAUUUAAAAAAGGGGAAAUUGGAGACAGACUAUUAAUGCCAAUUUGGAUUGCAUAAAGAGAUGUUGGAGAUUAUUGAGAGAUCCACAAACUUAUUAUAAGUGGGAAAGGUAACAGGGUAGUUGAAAAAGCAUAAUGCAUACUUUUUUUAACCCUUCCCUUUUAGCCUUAGAAUCCAUACUGUGCAAUGGAGGUUAAAUGAGUGACCUAGGGUUAUGUAUCUUUGAAUUAUUUGAGGUGAGAUUUCAUCCCAGAACCUCUGAUCUCUAGGCCUGGCUCUUAAUCCACUGAGCUACACAACUACCCCAACCAAUGCAGUCUUAGGAGAAACAUGUCCAUUUCCAAGAAUAAGGAGAAAGCUGCCCUUCUGUACUAUCAGAUGGCACUUGGAUUAUUGUAUUUGGUUCUAGAUGACUAUUUACAAGUGGCAACAGUGAACUGGGGAAUGUUCAGCCAGAUUGGUGAGGAGUCUGGAGUCUCUAAAGAUCAAUUGAGGGAACUACAUAUUAGAAAAAUGCCUGGGACUUCUACUGAGUCACAAUAGGGGGCUGCUAAAGAGUUGUAAGAAAGAAAGACUGCAACAUUAUCAAAGCAGGGAUAAUUAACAUUUAUUUUAUGUAGCACACAAGGUUAUCCUCAAGAAAAAAGGUUGGGGAGGUAAGAUGAAGGCCUCAAAAUAGCAGAAGUUCAGACCUCUGAAUACCCUUCCUAAUGGAUCACAAACUGAAUGCUCCCAGGGGAUUGAAAAUCAAACUUAACAACAAGUCUGAGCCAAGGAACCAUCCUGCUGGACUUAAUUCAAAAGGUACGCCCCCCCUCCCCCC